CCCGGGUGCUGGCCGGGGCGCUGUCCUCGCGGGGCCGCGCCGGGUGGACGCCGGGGCGGGCGGAGAACGGUGAGUGAGGCGAACGGCCGCCGUCCAGCCAGGCUCGGGCUCGGGCGGGGCGCGCUCCGGACCACCGAGAGCGAGGCCUCCUCGCCGCCCAGAGCGGCCCGGAAGUAGCUCGGCGUGGCCGCGUCGGGGCGGAAGCGGGCGCGCAACUGUCCCGGAGCCGGCGCCGCGACCUCGAGGCGGUGCGGCUGGUCCCCCGGUUCCCCGUUGCCCGCCGCUCGGCCCCUCGAGAGUCUCCUCAGCCGUUCACUUGUGCAGCAUCCCUUCCCCCUGCUUGUUCGUCCGCCCUCCCGCUUUCUGGCCCGCCGUCUGUCUCAGGUUUACCUCCCCAUCCACUGACCCAUUCACCCGUCCCUCGUGCUGCUCCCCGGCCGCGCCUCGUCCCCCGUUUACUCGCGGGGUCUCGCAGACCUCCCCCACGCUGCGUCCGUGCGCGCUGGGCGGGCCGCCGCCUCCGAGCCUUUGCUGAGCCUCCCCUUCGCCGGGCAUCCCGCCCCGCCCCGCGCGCCCGCUGCGCUCCGCUCCCGGCGCUCCCGAGACCAGAGCCCGCUGGGCGUCCCUGCGCGGCGCCUCCCCUUUGUCCACCCGGCGUGUGUUGUCCUGUUCUCGUAGGGGAGAGCCCAGGCCUGGGGGUUGCCGUCGGGUGGGAGCCCACUGUUGGGGGUGUGAGAGACGCGGCCCGACCCAGGAGGUGGCCUCGGACCUGUGACCAUGGCUCAUCUUUGUGACUCCAGGUCCAGAGGAAGUACCCUGGGCCAUGUGGCCAUCCUGCCCUCCCUGGGAACGGGCAUGAUGUCUGCCCAGACAAGCAAGGCAUUGGCCCUGGUUCCCCGGGUCCUCCAGAGUACACCAACGCUGGUGGUGGGUGGUCCUGGCCCUGAGACCCCAGGCCAGCGCUUCUUGGGGUUCCGCUACGAGGAGGCCAAGGGGCCUCACAAGGCCCUGGCCCAGCUCUGGGAGCUGUGCCGCCAGUGGCUGUGGCCCGAGGUGCGCUCCAAGGAGCAGAUGCUGGAGCUGCUGGGGCUGGAGCAGUUCCUGGGCACCCUGCUCCCUGAGAUCCAGGCCCGCGUGUGGGGACAGUGGCCAGGCAGCCCUGAGGAGGCUGCUGCCCUGGUUGAGGGGCUGCGCCAGGAGCUGGCUGGGCAGGGACUCCAGGUGAGAGUGGGCUGGGUGGGGCUGGGUCUGCUUCCUCCUAAGCCUGGCUCACAGCCCCCAGCUGGGGCUGGGGCUGGUGGGUGAAGGUGCUGUGGGUGAAUGACGGUGAGAGCUUGGUGGUCUCGGUUCGGACUUCAGAGUCAGACAGAUGUGCUCAAGGUCACGUGUUCUCAGCAUCGUGUCCUCAGAACGUGGAGAAGUAGGGGACGGGCACUGAGAAACGUGAAGCUGGCUGCUGUGU